GAAUUUUGACAUAACAAUGUUAUUAAGGUUUUUCUUGGGGGGGGGGGUUUGGUGGUUUUUUAAUCUUUUAAUGGAAAACAAAAACAUUAAUUUCCUGCUUACUCUCCAGGGCUGGUACUUGAGAAGUUUAAAGGGAGAGAAUAAUGUGAGUAAAUUAAUAUGAAAGUUUAUGGUGAGCCCGUAACCUUAAAGAAAUGCAACCAAACCUAGACCUCCAUGGGGCUACACUGCUUGAGUACCUGUCUAGAAGGAAACCUGAUAUUUCCUUCUGAAAUGGCAGAUUUUUUUAAAAAAAGAGAGGGGGGUAUCACUUUUUUCACACACACCUCUCUCCCAAGUUCUUGUAACUGAAUUUUCCCAAAAUCCAAGGUGUUGCUCAUAAGGAAAAUAAGGCUGCAAUCCUAACCACAUUUACUUUGGAGCAGUCGAGAGGCAACAAAGGGAAUAGUACUUUGUUUUCCAGGCUUUGGAACACAGUGCUUCGCUCCCGCUUACCAGGAGAGAGAGGAGGAGGGCCAAGGCAGCACAUUGUGGAUGCAGAUGAUUGUCUGAUUGGGUCUGCCACUGUGCCCACACCUGUAGAGCACCCAGCUGCCAUGUUGUCAUCGUCCCCCACCAGUAAGCAGAAACUGGGAGAGCACUCGCACCCUGCUGGUCACUACUAAUUUCAAUAGGAGCUAUUCUUGGUAGACAGGGCUAGAAUUGCACUAUUAACAGAAACAACCUGGGCAAUGAUUCUGGGAACAUAUAGAAAACAGAAAGAAUAUCUGAGACUUUAUGGGUACUGACUCCAAGGUGCCUCUCCUUUGGGAAAAAAUAAAUAAAUGCUAAGGACAGCUGUAACAAGAGACUGCAGAAUGAGAGGUGGAAAUUUGACUGUGAUUUAGUGUUUGAAGAAGGCUUUUAAAUGCUCAGUUUAUCCAAAAUUUAGCACUUUUAAAGUUCUCCAUUAUUUCAGUGGGAACGUUUGUUGUGAGAAGUAAUGCUCUUCAUAAAGCAUUUAGCUUUUACUUUGUAAUCAAUAAUGAUGUUUUGUAAAGUGCUGUGCAAUUGGCAAUGAUCCUGACUUUGCUACCAUUGCUGGGAGCAUCCCCUGCAGUGGAACUUCCCUGAGGGGGCUGCUCUGGCCAGCAGAAGUGGGGAGGGAACUUUUACUGCUUCCCCCUGCAGCACCCGAAAAAUCUGAUGCCUUUCUGUUGUCAAAACCAAUCCCGCAGAUAGUUUUCCUUGUGCUGUUAGUUGACGGAUCAGGAUACACUUUUAUCUUGUGAAGUAAUGGAAUUACCUGAAUUGAAGCUUGUGAAACUAAUUGCAUUGAAGCUUAUGAAAGUAAUUUCAGGAUCUAAAACCAAAGUUAAAGGAUUUUUAAUGGAAACAAGCCUUCAUAUUUUAAACAUGAAUAUAAUCAUUCUGAUACAUUUUCAUCAUUUUUCAUGGCAUUUCAUGCAUUUUGUGCAUUGAAGUCCAGAAUCUGUUAGGGUCACCUGUGUUGUAAUGUGAGAGCUUUUAAAAGCAAGCAGGUGUUUGAUGUAAUGUCUACGAGAUAGCCCAGUUUUGAGCACAUGGGUACAGAAGAAUUAAUGGGUGUUGCAGAUCUCUCCCAUCUGCAACACCUUUUCCAUUUCAGUUCAGUUGGUUUGGCUACUUGGUUACUAAGGCAACUUUCAAUGGAUGCCAUGAAUGGCUUGCAAAAUUAAACCUUUAAUAAAGUAAAUUGCCCACAAUAUGAAAUAAGAGUUUGAAAUUGGAAGAAAUCAAAUCAGACAAAACUCUUCAUGAAAACCAAUACAUGUAUGCAGAAUAUUAAAAAAGCAUGGGAAAAUAAAAGGGUCUGUACCUGGCACCAAAAUGACACCAAGGGAAGUAGGAUUCACAGUUGGGGUGACACCACCAAUUGGGCCCUUCCUCCUCCUGUUGGAUAACAUAGCUCCAUGUACACAAAGACCACAACCCUUUUCACUCAUACUUAGAAAUAAGUCCCCAAUAAUUUUAAUGGAUAAUUUUAUUCCCAAGUAAAUGUAUACAGUAUUUGACCGUAACAUCUCUGUGCAUGCCCCUAUGCAGAAAGCUCCAUUGAGCUGAAUUUGAAUCCAUUCAAAUCAGAGCACACACCAAUCUAUGAAUUAUUGUUGCAUGCAGUUGUCACUAGGGAUCAUGAGGCUGGCAGAUGCUAGAAUCCCUAGCAGUGGUUUGACUGGCCUCACUGCCAUUGUGACAAACCACAGUUUACUGUGAUAUCUGAGCAGAGCCUUUAUGAUAGAACAAUUAUUUAAAGUGGGGGGGGCGGGGGCGGCGGCCUGGAAAUGUGAGCAUCCCUGCUUGAAUUAUAAUAGUUUCAGUCUGAGGUGGGCACAGAUUGGGCUUUGAAGUUGCUUGGGCUUGAUUUGGGCUCACACCACAUCAAUAACUCAGCGGCAGAGCACACUUUGCAGGCAGCAAGUUCAAUCUUCCCCAGGUUGAACUCUGAAACCCAUUGCUGACCAGUGCAGUGUACGGAGCUAGCUUGACAAAUGGUCUGACUCACUGGAACAGAACUUCCAAGCAUUUUGAUGAUUGCACGCCUAGUGCCAAAUCCAGUGCAACCUUAUGAGCUUAAGAGCCUUGAUGUGAACAAAGGGAUUACGGUCACAGAGCUAACUGUUCCGUUUAUUUAAAUGGAUGCAACCAAUUCACGUGUACAGCUCUUUGAGUAAAGAGAAUUGCUGAUCCAUUUAAGUGAGUGGGUCACUUGGACACACAAGUGGUCUGUUGAUAAGCGGAUGGGUUUGUUUGUUUGUUUGUUUUUGCUCAUGCAACAAACUGCUUUUCUUCUACAGCCUUUCAGAAUUGCAUACAGAGCUCUGGGCAAAGGGCGAUAACAUUUUGGCAAAAUCUAUUGGUUCUUUUGCCUUGAAUUUUGUUUGUAGGAGGAAUAAGAGUAGACAUUGCUGAAAUAGGCAAAGAAGGAAAAUAAGCACCAAGGAAACUAAUGCAGCAAAAUAAAUCCAUGGUGUGUUUAACUUAAAAGACUUCUUCAAUCCAGGUAAUUUGAUGCCUAAGAAGACUGAAAGUGAGAAAUGUGCAUGUAAACAAUCUUCUUUCUAUAAAAUAACUUGCAAGCUUAAAAAUUGCUUUAAAGUGGUGGGGAGGGAAUGACUGAUGGAAAUACAGUCAGGAUUCCAGUGGUCUUCGUUCCCUGGACCGAGGCUUUUCAAGCACCCAUUGCUGGAGCUCCCUGUACCCUCUGAAAAACCAUUCCUGAACUCAGGAAUGGCUUUUGAUGUAUCACGAGGACAAAAUAGGACACAGGUUGCCAUAACAGUUGCAUGCGCAAGUUUAUAAGUACAAAUGCAAAUUUAGAAAUAAUUGUUAUAAUUUAAAUAGAAAUACCAUGGCAGGGGAGGUUGUCCAGGUCAUCUGUAUGCCUGCUCAGUCUGCUGCCCAGGUGUCAGUAGUUUGGGGUGGGGACUUCAAAGCCAUUCCCUGUUCUCUCUGCUUACGGUUCUUUAUCUUUAAACUGUGCUUGGACUGGAAAGCCCUUCAAACACAGUGUCAUCCUCUGUAAAAUAGGGCACAUUGCCAUCUUAAAACCUGUUCUUGUGUGUGCACAGUCCUCUUUAGAUUCCUAAAUUUAUAGGAAAAUGUCAGCAAUAUAUCAGUCAUUGCUACAGAAUACUACAGCUAUUCUGUAGUUUGGGGUAGUGUGUGUCUGGCCUGUUCGAAUUUUGUAAUGUUGUGUUUAUUAAGCUGUCUUGUAAUACUGUGUUUGGUAAGCUGUACUGAACUUCAUAGAAAAUGGAAUGCAAAUCUUGCAAAUGAAUAUUUGCAUGCCCAAGGUUGACUAACAGUUCGAAACCGUCUGUAUUUUACACACUAAAUUGUCCUUAUCAUUAAAAUGCUAAUUAAAUUGUAAACAUCUGUUACAUUCAUAGUUACAAUGAAAAUUGGCAGCUACAUCUUUCUUGUGUCAGUGUUCUUGCUAGCUUAAGUCCAAUUUGCAUACAAAUUUGAUUGGGCAUUGGUGUAAAUGUCCCUGACCUUUAGAGGAAACGUUGGCGGGAUUCUGUGUUUGAUGUGAUAGUUCUUGAUGGAAGUGAAUAUAAGCUGGCCCCUCUGGUUAUCUUUAACCUGCUAGUGUUGUCAGAAAUGUUUAGGGAGAGAGGAGCAAACACUUGCUUGACAAGGGCCUCAGAGUAGAAAGAAAGGGUGGGGUGUUAAUAUAUUUCGCAAGUACUGGUCUCAUUCUAAGGCUGCAAAUCUGUGCACAUGUCUCCCAAGAGUAAGCAGUACUGAGCACUGUGAUUUAGUCUAAUGAUCCUAAACAUGCAUAGGAACACACUCUUGAUUAUUUAAUCCGUGGCUGUCACCCACCUCCUGCAUUUUUCACCUUUGCUCGUUGCAUUUUUUUGGUAUGUUCUUGAAUAUGAAAUUAGUAGUUCAGCUUGGAUUUUUACAACUGCAGUGAAGUUGCUAGGAGACAGCUCUAGAGCUCUGUGAAGCUCUUGGUAAAAAAUGGUUAAACAUACUACAGCCCUGUACAUCAGUAGUGGAACCUUCAGACUCUUAUUUCCCAUCAGCCUUAGCCAGGUUGGCCAGUGGCUGGGAAUGAGAGGAACAGUAGUCCACCCACAUCUGCAGGGCCACAGGUUCCCCAGCCUGCUGUGCAUUCCUGCUGAGUUCAGGUAUGCUGAAUAGAAUUGUAAUCCAAAACAUUGGGAGGAGGGAGGUGCCAGGUUUGCAAAGGCUGGCCUAAGCUAUGAUGACUUUAGUGAUUAGGAAACCAUUUUGGUGGACCUCAGGCUCUUGCUCCCCAUUUCCUCUUCUUCUCAUGAGAGGAGGAGACCAAGCACUUUUUUUUUACAAGAAAAGAACAAGCUGCAGUUCAUCAUUUUAAAACAACCUUAGAACAAACCACUGUUUCCCAGGUUCCUACAAAAUGUUCUAGUUCACACAUAAAGCUAAACCAUGGUUUUCAUUAGUGACUCCUCCACUCCCAUCUUCUCCUCUCCUAUGGCCAGGGGAAUGGCUUUCCAAGAACUUCAGCUUAUAAUGAUAUCAUUAUAUAUCAUUACACACAAACCAGGAGCCUGGUUUAAAACAAGCCAGCUUCAUAGGUAAUGUUUUAAAGUUAGCUUGCUUAGAAACUGACCAGAGGGUAUUUUUUAAAAAACAAUGAGCCUUGGUCUCAACAUCAUGUCUAGGCUAAGAUUUCUGCAAAGCGAAACUGCACUCUGCAGAAGCCCUCCUCUUUGUCACGUGGGGGGAAGAGGACAGGAGAGUGCACAAGCCUGAGAUUUCACUCAUGAAGGCUCAUCUGUGCUAAACCAUUAUAUGCAAAUAUUACCAAAAGUGGAAACUUCCAUUUUCCUCCUCUCAUGCAUGAAGAAGGAGAAGAGAGGAUGAGACGCUCUCCAUAGUACAUUCUCAAUGACCUCUAAACCAUGGUUUGGGAUAACCUAAGAGCUGUGAACUUUGACAGAAUGCUGGUGGAACUGUAUUCCAGCAGUGGGUUGGGCAAAGCUCAAAGUGGGUAAGUACAGACACCCACACCUCAAACAUGCAUGUAAUCACACAAACAUAGACAUGCCAUAUUGUGAGGGGAAAACAGUACAGAGAGCCCCCUCCAAUCUUGAGGAGCAGUUCUUCCACCAGCAGCGAAGCCAGCGGAGAGGGGGCUGAGUCCAGUGGGGAAAGAGGAAGUAGGGGACAGGGCUCUGGCAGAAUACCAGAGCCUCUGCUGCACGUGAGGGAGGAAGAGAGAGCGGGGGAAAGGGGGGAGAAGGAAAACAUGGAAAGGAGACCCCUUUUUCCCCCGGUUCCGGAAUUACACAGGAGGAAGCGCGGAAGGAGAUUUGGGGUGCCCAGACUCUUAUGUUGGAAGAAAACGCGGGAAGCGUCACUCCAGGGUUCUGGGUCAGACUGAGAACAUGUACCCUGUACAGCUCUAGCACUGUAAAUAGCCUGCACACAAUAAAAGCAUGAAAAGGCAGCGGUCUGGAGAGUCGUUACUUUAGAGUAGUCGCAGCGCACCUCUGUGACACAUAUCUUCUCCCUACUCAGCUGAUCUGUGUAGGAACAGGUGGGUUGUUUUCAUUCAUACUGGAGCAUGCUGGAUAGAGAAGUUCAACACAAACACACACACACACACACACACACACACACACACACCAAGAUGUGAAUGAAAAUUGCAUCCUCUCUGCUUCUCAGCCGAUUGGUCUAGGAUCAACUGAGGAGUUGCAAAGCACUCAGGGUGGAGAUGAAAACUGCCUAUUGCUUCAGCCAAAGUGACAGCUGUCAAUUUUCUUCCCAGCCACAGCAUGAGGAGGUCAAAGCCUCCCCAUGCAGCACUCUGCAAUCAGGAUGAAAACUGGACCACCUCUGCUCCUUAGUUGGAUCUAUACCAGGCACCCCCAAACUUCGACCCUCCAGAUGUUUUGGACUACAAUUCCCAUCAUCCCUGACCACUGGUCCUCUUAGCUAGGGAUCAUGGGAGUUGUAGGCCAAAACAUCUGGAGGGCCGCAGUUUGGGGAUGCCUGAUCUAUACUGUUCAGCUAAGAAGUGGGGAGGGUACUGCUUCCAUCCCAGUGCUGGAAUGAGAGAAGCCUGGCAGGCUGGAGUGGGGGGGGGUUCCACAUCCAGGGCUGUCUUAAGCAAUAUCCAGCACUGUGGUGCAAAGAUCCCUCCAGCAGCGCCCCCCCCAUUUCCCAGAGUUGUCAACCUUUUCCCAAGCCUCUGCAGGGAUCGCUCUCCUCCUGUGGAGGCUUGGGAAUGAAGCUGCAAGCCCGCCCGCCAUAUGAUUGACAUCUGGCGGGCAUGCAGGGAAAGGCGAGGCCACCAGUAAGCCCAAUAGGAAAGACAGCUCUGUCCACAUCCCUAAUUUAUUUGUUUCUUUAUGGUCCUUGCCUAUAUCUUUUCACCCGACGUGACCUUGAAAGCAGGUUGUUUUAAAAUAUGUAUACAAGAAUAAGAUUGACAAAAACCAUAAAGAUGAGUCAGUAUUUCUUCUCAUGUCAGUCUUACCUAGAGCCUGUACAGACAGAAUUGCUGGCUCCCUCUGAAUACUGGCAGCUACAAGAGAUCAGGAAACGGUGACAGGAAAACAAACUCCCAAGGAGCGAUGCAGCACGUGCCACACAACUACGCUCCCUACCCUUGUCCGCACGCCUACGCUCCUGAUGCAGCCCUCUCUGGAUAUCAAACCAUUUAUGUCCUUCCCAGUGGAUGGCAGUCCUGCUGUCGGACUUUUCCCAAAUUUCAAUACCAUGGAUCCGGUGCAAAAAGCAGUCAUAAACCACACAUUUGGUGUUUCGCUCCCCACAAAGAAGAAACAAGUCAUUUCUUGUAAUGUCUGUCAACUCCGCUUUAACUCUGACAGCCAGGCCGAGGCCCACUACAAAGGAAGUAAACAUGCCAAGAAGGUCAAAGCACUAGAAGCAACGAAAAAUAGACCCAAAGCUGGUGCUUCCAAGGACAGCGCAAAGGCUAAUGCGAACUGCUCUGCUACACCAGUCCCAGCCAGCAUCUCUGACAAAUCAGAAGAUAAGGCAAACCUGAUAGUGAAUGGCUCUAGUCAGCUUCCAAAUGCUGAAGUGGUCUCUUUUCUACCUGAGCUUGGAGCUGCAGCAGUACUUGUCACCUCGGCAGCGGUAGCAACAACAUCUACACCCUCAACAUCAGCUUCUUCCAAAAGCACAAAUGGGACUACUAAUGCCAUUUCUGAAUCAGAAGAGGAGAAAGCCAAAAAACUGCUUUACUGCUCAUUAUGCAAAGUGGCUGUGAACUCCCUAUCACAGCUAGAAGCACAUAACACAGGUUCCAAGCACAAGACAAUGGUCGAGGCUCGUAAUGGUGCCGGUCCAAUCAAGUCUUACCCUAGACCAGGAUCCAGGCUGAAGGCUCAGAAUGUCACUAUGGGCUCAGGACUGCAGAACAAAACAUUUCAUUGUGAGAUCUGUGACGUCCAUGUCAACUCAGAAAUCCAACUUAAGCAGCACAUUUCCAGCAGAAGACACAAGGACAGAGUUGCAGGGAAGCCUACAAAACCGAAAUAUAGCCCUUAUAACAAACUACAACGUAGUCCAAGUAUUCUAGCAGCAAAACUCGCAUUCCAGAAAGAUAUGAUUAAGCCAUUGGCCCCUGCUUUCCUUUCGUCUCCUCUUGCUGCUGCCGCUGCUGCCGCAGUAUCUUCUGCUUUGACUCUUCCUCCACGUCCUUCAGCGGCUUUGUUCCAGGCACCUGCAAUACCCACGGCUCUCCUAAGGGCAGGGCAUGGCCCCAUCCGAGCUACUCCCACAUCUAUCCUAUUUGCACCCUACUGAUUGUUGAAUCAACAGCAUCUCAUCGCUACGGCCAUUUGGAAGAGAGACCGAAGGAAGCAAAUAAAGAUUCUGCAUUUUUCCCAGUGACUGCGUUUUUAAGGCACCAACGCUUGGUUACUUCCCAACGAAAGCGGGUUGUGGGACUCUGCAUUGACGGGUAUUGCAAUCUAGACAACAGAGGCUUGUUGUUUCGGAGUUGGUUUGGUUUGAUUGUUUCAACGAACACUUGGAUCGAUGGUUGAUGAAACGUUUAAUUGUGCACAAAAUAGAGCGAGAGUUCGUCUGCUUUUUAACUUAGGCACAGGACAUGCAUUAAAAAACAAAGAACAUGGAAUAUUUUCCUGUCUGACUUGAAAACUAGAAUCUUCCUCCCUCACUGCAGCAAAAACUAGGUGAAACAAAUGCUUGAAUUGCUGACGACAGCUCGAGGACAGAUUGCAACUUAUUUCCUAUGUGCUCCUGUUGCUAGGGAUUGUGUGUUUUGGGGCUCCGUGCUAGUGUCUUUUGUGUAGUACCCGAGUUUUACCUCUCCUUCAAUUUUAAAGCAUUUUAGUUGCUGUGUAAAUGUUUGGAAGCAGAGCAGCCCUGGAGCUUUUUUUUUUAAAGAAUUUAACGUAUGUCUUUAAUUUAACAUUUUAUUUAGAAAGAUCCAGAAUAAGAAAGCCAUAUAUGAGAGCAUUAAGAUUGUGACUCAUUUACUAUUUUCAUUUAACUUAUUUUGCUUUGGUUCCCACCCCCCUCCCACUGGUGUUGCUAAACAACCGUUUCAAAAGAGAGUUUCCUAAUUUAUAUGUUUACCACAUUUCGCGCUUGUUGAGGCAGCGGACCAGUGUAUUUAUUCAUAAAUAUAUUUGCCAUUUCUAAACUUCUUUCCUAUAUAAUGACGCUACAUAGAGUUGUGGCUCCCAAUGCAAUAAUGUACAGAAAAUAAGAUAUUUAUAAAAUUAAGUGUCUCUUCUCUUAAUAUAUUGCUGUUUCGGCCCUCUUCUUCCCCUGGGUUCCCCCACUUCAUUUUAUAAAGGUGAUCCGGAUACCGAAGACACACCAGGUGUCGUUUGGGACAUCAAGGAUAAUCUCCAAAAACAUCUUUACCUGCAGCCUGUAAAGAGUAAAAUAUAUGUGUAUUUUUUAAAGAAGGCACGUUUUUAAUAAAAAUAACAUGGAAAAAUAGCAAACUGUUUAUUAAUGAGCAAAAGAAUUCGCGUGGAACCUUUAAAUGAGACCUCUGUUUGAAAACAGCAUCAUUACGGCACAGCACACUAGGAAGUUACCAAACGGCGGCACAGUCACUUGAUUACACCGUCAUUGUUAAUGAAUGGCUGAAAUUAUGAAUACAUGGGUAUAAUGUACUUUGCUUAUCACUGUGGAAUGCUUAAUGUCUUGCUGUGCUGUGUUUUUAAUUCAGUGAAAGCAAUAAUGGGAAACCGUAUGAGAUACACCUACCUAAGGCUGCGGUUCUGUGGUCCUUGGGAGGGCGUCCCAGGAGCCCAUAGGACAGAUCAGGUCUCCCUCCCUGACAUUGGAGAGGAAGAUCCAUUGUGAGGUCCUCCCUGCCACCACUGGAUCACCCAACCGGAGCGCCAACAUCAGUAUGGGGAAAAGAGUUGUGUUGGGGGAGCAGGAGCAAACCAGGUUAAAAAUGUAUACGUGGUGAGAGUCACCCCUAAUUUUCUCCCUCCUUUUUUUCUUCCCACUGUUUCCAAUGGGAGGGCAAAGUUUUUUAGAAGAUGGUGAUGACGAUCAUGAUCUAAGAACCUGGAAAUGGAUGGAACAAUGUAGAGCAUUCAUUUCCCUGCACUCGAGCUUGGCAUGGCAUAGGAUAAGGUGGUUGAACCACUUUUGGAUUCCUCGCUAAAGUGAGUGAUACCCUUCAGCACCUUUCAGCAUCUCUGCCCAAAACACUUCUGAAUAAGCACCUCUGCCAUCUUUUUGAUGGAUGAGCUCCAGCAGUCUGGUGCCAUUCUAGUUCAAGUGGAGCUGUCUUUUUGAUACAUGGCUCACUGGCCCAGAAACAUUCCCCAUAUGGUAUCGUUGAAUCACACUGCUUAAUUUGUAGCAUAGUAAUGCCACUAAAAACAAACAACAACAACAACCUGGAAUUAAUUCUGGAUAGCCAGGUGAAGCUAGUGAACCUUGGGAUGAAUGGCCUGGGUUGUACACCCGCGUAUGUUUGGAAAUGUCUAAAUCACAUUUGCUGUUGGGAUUUUAGAAGGGACGGUACCUUAGCUACAACAUGUGGUCCAUAAGAGUUUGAAGGCUGGUGUGUGCAGAAAAUGUGUGUUAUUUCAGCUCAAGCAGAGGGAGCUGUUUUGGCAUUAUACGUUUUAAAACACUGGAUAGAAACGUUUGCCUAAUGAAGUUUUGGAGAAAGAUAAGCUGCAACUGAUAAAUGUCUAUGUUUUAGUUCCUUCAAAAAAAUAUUCUGCUGUGGACAAUGCAUAUUAGCCAUUUGGAAAAAAGAGAUCCAUUAUCUCAAAAAUGGGUGGGCUGACAUUUGUUUAUUUACAAAAGCUAUCUGGUGCCCAUAACUUCUUGCUAGUCCUUUUCAAUAGGAAGUAGCCAUAUUUUAGAUGGAGAUCUCAGCAUGGUUUCCAGGUGAAAAAAGAAACCUGGGACCUUAGGGCAGGUAAUUAGUAAUGAUAAUAAAUUAUUAUUUAUCCCUAAUUGUUGUUAGGACAUGGGUUGCAGGUGUUUAGCCUGAAAACAGCAUGGAGAGAACCAGAACAUAAAGCUCCAAUAUAUUACAUUGGCCCAUCUCUGACCAGUGUUCAAAAUUUCCAUUGUUCUAGGCGCAUUUUGUGACAGGGAAUUUCAUUAGCGUGAGCAGUUUCUGAGCUCUUGGCUCAGUACUGUGCCUGAGAAUUCGGAUAAAAACUGCAAAGUGGAAGAAAAGGAGGACCUUUUUCUGCCGUCCCACUUCCAGCUACUCUCUGAAGACUGGA